UUGAAUUUUACAAAGUGUUCGGUUUGCGAUCCAACAGCAAGAAUGGUGCUUCAGUGUGUUACAAAAAAAUCGAUCAUAAUCGUUUUCUUCUGCUUAAUCCCACUGACGAUGGGUAGCUGUGGACCUAAUUGCCAUUGUGGAACCAAUUGUCAAUGUAAAAACAAAUAUUUAUCUACAAUGGAAUUAAUGGAGAGAUUCGGCCAGGAGGGAACCAAAUUCAACGAUAGUCGAAGCUGUUGGCGUGUAUGUGAUGGCAAACCAAGAACUUGCUAUUAUCACUUAAUGUUUGAGCAUUAUGAUACAAUGUCAGGAUUAUGUCUUAAUUGUCCGACUAAUAUGACCGAUUGUUACAAUUCUGGUUGCCUACCAACGAACGGAGUUCAACGUGUUGUUACGACAAUAAAUCGUGGCAUUCCCGGCCCUGGGAUUCACGUUUGUAAAGGUGAUCGUAUCAUUGCCGAUGUGAUGAAUCAUAUGCAUGGAUGUGAAACCUCAGUUCAUUGGCAUGGAAUUUUACAAACAAAAACACCCCAUAUGGAUGGUGUACAAAUGGUUACGCAGUGCCCAAUCCCAUCGGGAACCACAUUCCGUUAUGAUUUUGAAUGUCCAGAACCUGGCACAAAUUGGUAUCACUCGCAUUCUGGUGUGCAAAGAACUGAUGGCAUUUUUGGAGCAUUGGUUAUUCGAAAUGAAAAGGAUCCAAAUGCAGAUUGUUACGAUACCGAUUUGCCACAACACACGAUCAUAGUAUCUGAUUGGAUGAACCAAAUGGGCGAAGCAUUUAUGCCAGGUACCAGAAACGGAAUAUUAAGACCAGAUAGCAUUCUGAUUAAUGGUUGUGGAACUUUCAAUCCUUUAAUUGGAAAUGCCACUUACGCACCAAUUGCUGUGUUUUAUGUUCAAAGAUACAAAAAAUCUCUUAUCCGUCUUAUUAAUGCUGGAUCACAAAAUUGCCCGACAGAAAUUCAUAUUCAAGGCUGUAAAUUAAAAGUGAUAGCGUCAGACACUUAUUCAGUUUAUCCAGUGAUAGUCGACCGAAUUGUUUGCCAACCAGGCGAACGAUUUGAUUUCGUUAUAGAACCACCAGAAGAUAAAGAUCAGAUAUUAAUGGUAGCACGUGCUUUGGGAGGUUGUGCGAGACUAUUAUUACAAGAAUUUGCCAAAUUUAUUGUUGUAGGCAAUGUAUAUACACAUAAAGGUCGAAUUGAAGACCAUCAACCAUUAAAUCCAAGGCCAAGCUAUCUAUCACUGGAGGAUGCAAAUGCUACUUACUUGAAUCAUCCAAAUACGGAUUGCAGUAAUCUAAAUGGGAAAGACUAUUGCAUUGCUCGCUUAGUACAAAAAGGGGCAACUUGCGAAAACUUACGAAAUGCAAAAAUCGCAAAACGCAUUAAUCUUGAGUUCCGAAAUUCGGUUGUUAGCGUUAGACCAAGUUCAUACUUAACUGUUGGUAAUAAUGUCUUAAGAUCUAUGAUAAAUAACAUCUCAUUCAUUCAUCCUUGGAAACCCAUACUUACCCAAAAUUAUUCCGACGUUCCAUUUUGUGAUGCUGAACAUUUACCACUGGGCUGCAGCCCAACAACAAUUUGCGAAUGUAUUCAAGUGAUUAAACUAGAGCUGUGUAAAAUCUAUGAAUUUCAUGUGUAUGAUACCGGAGUGCCUGGAGGAGCAAUCUCACAUCCAUUUCAUUUGCAUGGCUACGGUUUUCAAGUGUGUGACAUGGGAACUCGGGCACAACUUGAAAAUGGUACAACACCAUAUCCGAAUUUGAAAUAUGCACCACCGAUUAAGGACGUUAUAAACAUUCCCCCUGGGGGUUUUGUUCGAUUAAGAAUAAGAGCAUGCAAUCCCGGUUUCUGGUUAUUUCACUGUCAUUUUGAGUUCCAUAUGAUGACGGGAAUGAUGGCCAUCAUUCAAGUUGGCGAAAAAUCCGAUAUGGUACAGCCACCAGCUUAUUUCCCAAAAUGCGGUAAUUAUGAACCAUACACCAAAAUACCCAAGGAUCAAAUAAUAGAUUUACCACCAAGAGAACACUCCGAUCAAACAAAUAAUGAACCCGACGAGGAAAUGCCCUUUGAUCACUCAAUGCAUUGAUGUAGGCUAUUAAAAAAUGAUCGAAUUUACUGAAAAUAUAUUGUGUUUCAAUUCACAUUCUCAUGUA